UUCGGUGUGUGUGCUUAUGUUUGCUCAUAGGGCGGCAUGAGCCGAUACUGAGCAGUACGGCGACUGCGUUUCCCGCUUCUAAACAAUAGCAUAACCUUUACGUUUUUUUUUCUUUAUUUUCUCUUUAUUAUAGUCUAUUUCGUCUAAUUCUAUGCUCAGAAUGUCGGUAGGAAUAGAGUCCGGCUUCUCCAGCGAAGAGGUGCUGAACAUUCGGUUCCCUUUGCACCGGGCGUGCAGGGAUGGGGAUGUAGGCGCCUUGUGCUCCAUUCUUCAGCGCACUACCAACCAAGCUGACCUAGCCGUGGAAGAUUCUUUCUAUGGGUGGACACCGCUACACUGGGCUGCCCAUUUCGGAAAGCUGGAGUGUGUGAUGCGUCUGGUGCAGGUGGGCUGUGGCGUGAACUCCCAGACGUCACGCUUCGCCCAGACACCCACGCACAUCGCUGCCUUCGGAGGCCACCCCGACUGCCUGCUGUGGCUGCUGCAAGCUGGGGCCGACAUCAACCGCCAGGACUAUGUGGGUGAGAGCCCCAUCCACAAGGCGGCCCGUGCUGGCAGCAUUGACUGUAUAAAUGCCCUCCUGAUGCGGGGGGCCAAGGCGGACGUGAGGAAUGCCAGUGGGCUGACUGCUGCGGACCUGGCCCAUGCCCAGGGCUUUCAGGAGUGCGCUCAGCUACUGGCUAACGCACAGAACCAGCAGCUCAACUCCAUGACUAAUGGCUCCAUGGCCGGCGGGGACCCGCAGGCCAUCCAGCAGAUGCGCACCUUCCUCAGGGGGGCGCCAAGCAGGAAGAGGUCCCUGGACACCAUGGAGCCCGACCACUUCAAGAAGGCCAGAACCGAUGCCCUGCCGUUCCCCAUGAAGGCCCUGAACGGCUGCGGUGGCCAGGAGGACCUGAUGAUGGAGGCCAUGCACAUGGAGUCCUGCGCGGCCCCCAGCACAGGUGAUCUCCUCAACCCGGGUCCGGAUGGCGUCCCACGACCUUUCAGUAAUGGGCACGGUAUGCCACCAGCCACAGCCAAUGGAAAUGGUUUCCCCGGCAACUCCCUAUCCAACCCCGUUUCUGCUGCAGACAUCCGGUGUGGCGGUGUAGGAGGAGGAGGAGGAGGAGGAGGAGGAGGGCAUUUGGGUAGCAGCACCCACGGAGCUGGCGCCACCCUCAACGGUAACUAUGGCAAUGGGCUGCACUUCGGGCACCUGCACGGGCUGGGGGACACGGCGGAGAAUGUGGAGGAGGUGGGCAGCGAGAUCGACCACCACACCUCGAUCAAGGCCGAGGAACACUACGACCACAUGCUCUACAGCACCAUGCUGCUCUACCAUGGCUCUUAAGGGGGGGGAGAGGGAGAGAAAACAAAUGUGCCAUUUGCUGCCGACAACACAGGAUUAUCCACGUAUGCCGCCCAAGUUAUCAGUUGCCUUAAGCUUAAAAGUCUGUGCAACUGUGCCUCUUGAAGAGAGGGUUGUUGUCUGUUAGUUAAUUAAACACACGUGUUUGAGUUUGUGUAUUUACCAAAAGGGAAGCAACUUAUCUUUUGUGUUUUUUUUUUUUUUUGCUUGUGCUAAGAGCUAAAUGUUACUGUAAUACUGUUGAAGCCUUUGACUCCUAAUCCUUUUUUGUUACACAUGAAUUGCAUUCUGAUGUUCUUGUUAUGGUGACCCAGUUUCCCUACAACAUAUCUCGUGUAGGGCCUGUGUGUGUAUUAUAGAAGCUAUUCCUCAGUUGGACUGUAUAAAUUGUCUGUUAUUUUACUUUGCAUAUAUGCAUCGCACAGCUUGUGCUGCUUAAAAUAUAUAUUUUAUUUCCCUUUUUGUACUCCAUUUUGUUGUUUAAGAAAACAAAUUUGUGACAUUAAACAAACUGCUAAUAUGA